AUGUCUGACGAGGAGAGAGUUACGCUAAAGGGCGACAAGGUGGAGAAGAAGGAGAAGAAGGAGAAGAAGGAAAAGAAGGACAAGAAGGAAAAGAAGGACAAGAAGGAGAAGAAGAAGGACAAGCAGGACAAGAUAGACGCCAAGGAUACGGAUGAAGCCGGCGAUGAGAUCGAAAUCGACUUGAACGCCAGCGUGCCCCUCAAUAAAAAGCAGCAGAGAUUGCUCAAAAAGGGUAAGCUUGAUCUUGAGAAGCUUGAAAAGAAGCACCCCAAGCCCAAGCCCGCCACCGAGGACGGCAAGGACGACGCCGAACCGAAACGGCUGCCGUUCGGGGUGUGGAUCGGCAACUUGUCGUUUGACACCACCAAGGACGACUUGGUGCGGUUCAUCGUCGCCAAGCUGGCCGAACAGGGCACUAGCGUCACCGAGGAGGAUAUUCUGCGGGUGAACAUCCCCAAGAAAGAGAAUAAGAUUAAAGGGUUUGCCUACGUCGACCUCCCGCUGGCCGACCACGUGGCGCUGGUGGUGGCGCUUUCGGAGCUGGCGCUUAAUGGACGUAAGCUUUUGAUUAAAGAUCUGACGUCGUUUGAAGGCCGCCCGCUGAAACAAGAGGCGGCGCUUUCGAAAAACCCCCCACUGCGGAUUCUUUUCGUCGGCAACUUGUCGUUCGACACGCUGGAAGACAACUUACGCGAGCACUUUGGCCACUGCGGUGACAUCGUGCGGGUGCGGAUGGCGACGUUUGAGGACCUGGGCAAGUGUAAAGGGUUUGCCUUUAUUGACUUUAAGGACGAGCUGGGCCCGACGACGGCGUUGAAGCUGAAGGUGGCGAAGACGUUAAUCAACCGUAAGUUGCGGCUUGAGUACGGCGAGGACCGUCUGAAGCGGGCGCCGAAGCGCCCGCACCCCGCCAUCACCGACGCCGACGCCGAAACUCACGUCAACCCCUCCGAGGGUGCCGGUUUCGAACCCCGUGCUGGGGCCCCAGUCAGUCGGGAGCGGGACGUCGCCGCUACCGCUCGCCCCCCUGUGAAGCGUCGUCGGCCUGAUGACCACCACCAGCAACCGUCGACCCGGUUGAAGCUGUCAGUGGCCCUCGCCCAGGCGCCGCGCGCGCUGGCGGCCAUCGUCGAGCUGACAGGCACCAAAAUUAAGUUUGACUAA